AUGCGUUUCUCUACUCAGACCCUCGUUGCCCUGUUGGCCUCUCCUCUGUUGGCACUUGCCGCCGAUCCCAAUGGCUUCACCAACUCUGACUGGACUGGCAUCACUGCUGGAAAGUCAUACGACAUCAAGUGGGACCCUUCCACUGGUGGCACUGUAUCGCUCAUUCUGCGCUCCGGCGCCAACAACAACUUGACCCCUGGAGUCUACAUCGCUCAGGGCAUCGCCAACUCGGGUAGCUACACCUGGUCCGUCCCUAGCGACAUCACUCGCGGCUCCGACUACGCCCUCGAGAUCGUCGACGAUCAGGAUAGCUCCAAGGUCAACUACAGCUCCCAGUUCGUCAUUGACAGCACAAACACCGUCGCCUCGUCGACUUCGUACAUCAGCCAGUCGGCAUCUGCCUCAUCGGCCGCUUCCUCGGGCGUCUCGAGCGCCAACUCCUCCGCCUCCAAGGCCAGCAGCUCCGCCUCUGCCUCUAUGUCAUCGGCCUCAAGCUCUGCUUCGUCCGCUGCUUCCAGCGCUUCCAAGUCGAUGAGCUCGGCUGCCUCGUCGGCCUCAAGCUCUGCUUCCUCCGCUUCCUCGAGCGCCUCCAAGUCAAUGAGCUCGGCUGCCUCGUCGGCCUCCAAGGCCAGCAGCUCCACCUCUGCUGCUCCCACCUCCACCGGUGGUGCCAUGGCCUCCGCCAUUCCCUACGGUCUUUUGGCCCUUGGUGCUCUUGCUCUGUAA